AUGGACACCUCUUAUGUGACCAGCGCCAGGCGGUUAAGGAGUACCAACCGUCGAUCUGCUGCCUACACCAGUGCCACAUCUAAUAGCCUCCAGAGUCAGGGUUCAACGGGAGUCACUCUACAAGACUCGUUGGUGAGAAACUUGGACAGUGACUUAUCUGCGUCUGUCGCUCACAAGACAAACAGCCUCAGGGAGGACUCUGUGCUGUAUGAAGAAUCGGAGCAGCCAGAACACAACGGCAACGUCAAGUCACAAGUGGUCACUUCCAGGAAAAGUAAAAGAUGGCCAUCCAGAUUAUUCUCUAUGUUCUGCUGCCUUCUGAUUGUCAGCAUCCUCGCUGUUCUGCUUGUAUUUGCUUAUAUUAUACUGCAAGAAAUGCGCUAUGGAAAAGAAAGUGAAGAUGGAAUGAAAACAAGUAUUUUAGGGUUCUGGAGUCUGCUGGUCUUGUCACUGGUUGCUGGCCUCUCUUGCUGCAGCUUCUCCUGGACUGUCACUUAUUUCGACUCUUUUGAACCAGGAAUGUUCCCCCCAACUCCUCUCUCCCCUGCACGCUUCAGGAAAAUGACAGGCCAUUCUUUCCACGUCGGUUACACCAUGGCAAUAUUAAAUGGCAUUGUAGCCGCUCUCUCACUGUUCUCUGUGUGUCUUCUCUGA